CUGGUGCUGCUGAGCCAUGAUUUAGGGUUUAGAGUGCCAAACCCUGCGCUCUCACUCACUCUCACCAUCACUACUGUGCUUCCCCGCUCUGUGCAUUCCUUCCCUUUCCUUUCCAUGCUGAGCUCCGUUUCGCUCCUCUUGGUUUGAUGAUUCUUCUUCUUCCUCCCCCUCCCCUUGCUCUGCUCUCAUCUCUGACUGAGGCUUAGGGUCGUGGUGCCGGAGGAACCUGGGAGGGACGAGGAUUGAGCGCCUGGACGACGCGAGCAUCGUUGAAUUUCGAAGAGAGUUUGUGGAACAAGUGGUGGGUGAAGGAAGGUAGAGAAGGGAGAUGCGUUCCUCGCAAGGAUUGAGGUAGGUAGGGGUUUCGAGCAAGAGAGUUUUGCAGAGUGGAAUGGGCGUUGGCAGUGGUGGCAGCAGGUGUUUAGGUGCAAGAACAGGCAGAGUAUGAGAGCACUCGAGGGCGUGAGAUGGACACAUCAAGGUUCGACGGACACGAGAAUUGCAGCUGUCGUUGGAAUUAGAAGAAGAGAAGGUGGAGGUGACAAUUGGGAAUUGGAGGGUGGUACUUCAGGGGGGAUAUGGCAUUUGGAGGGCAUGUGGCGGUGCCUGCGGGAUGCUAUCAAGUGCGAGGUGUGUUGCGGUUGUCAGUGCCGCUUGUGCGGUGUUCUUAUGAGGCACGAACCUUUGUGUCGCCAUGGAAGCUGCCGGGUUGCAAAUCCUUUUUGCUGUUGAGGUUUCUGCCUCGCUUUCGCAAUGUAUGGGUGAGGAGUGGAAGAGGUUUGCUGCGUUAUGACUCUCGUCUUUCGUUCCCCUCGUGUAUGUCUUCGUUCCGCGAUGUCGCAACGAUAGCGGCGGCGGCGGCGGCGGCGGCGGCGGCGGCGACGGCUGAAGUUCCUGCGUUGACGAAGACGGUUAAGGAGCAGCUUAUCAGUAAGGGCAUACUGCUGAAAUCUUAUGGUCCUGGUACGGUGCGGGGAAUUUGCCCGGAAUGCGAUGGCGGCUCCUCAGGGGAGCUUUCCUUGGCGGUGACUAUUCCUGAAGAACCCGGAACACCUGCAAUUUGGAUUUGUCAUAGAGCCAAGUGUGGAUGGAAAGGUAGUGCAUGGGCGGGUCCUUUGGCUUCUUCAGUGGGAGUGAAAGGGAAUGGUGCUUUCAAAGCCGCAAAAGUAACGAAACGCCCAGUAUUAAAGAAGGAUUACACAGCGGAAAGUCUUGGGCUGGAGGUAGUGCAAGACAAAGUUCUGAGUUACUUCAAAAAAAGGGGUUUGUCAGAAGAAACUGUUCGUCAAAACAAUGUGGCACAGCACUGGGCGAACACCACAGACCUCGCAAUUGCUUUUCCUUAUGUGCAGGACGGAGAGAUUUUGAAUUGCAAAUUUCGAGACGGUAACAAGCGGUUUUGGCAAGUAAAAAACGCGCCGAAGGUAUUAUAUGGAUUGGAUCAUAUUAAGGAUAGUAGGGAGAUAGUAAUUGUGGAGGGAGAAUUUGACAAGCUGGCGAUGUAUGAAGCAGGCAUCGUUAAUUGUGUCAGUGUUCCUGACGGCGCUCCAGCUAAGGUUUCAGGAGACGAGCUCCCCCCUCCAAAUGAAGACAAAAAGUACGAGUACUUGUGGAACUGUAAGGAUUACUUCAAGAAUGCAACACGAAUCAUCUUAGCCACCGAUGCCGAUGAGCCUGGACAAGCAUUGGCAGAGGAGCUUGCACGCAGGCUUGGGCGAGAGCGUUGCUGGCGGGUCACGUGGCCUGAAGAUGAGUCUGGGAAACAGUGCAAGGAUGCCAACGAGGUACUCAUGUCUUUAGGACCAGACGCUGUGAAGGACCUCAUCAAAAGUGCAGAAUUAUAUCCUAUUCGGGGGCUGUUUAACUUUCAACAGUUUUUUAGGGAAAUAGACGACUACUACUAUCUUCGCCUGGGCGAUGAGCGAGGGGUCUCAACUGGCUGGCGUGGCCUUGACGAGAUUUACAGGGUUGUACCUGGCGAACUCACUAUUGUUACAGGCGUUCCGAAUUCAGGCAAAAGUGAGUGGAUCGAUGCACUUAUUUGUAAUCUAAAUAGAUCCAAGAAGUGGACUUUCGGUCUCUGCUCAAUGGAAAACAAGGUGCGUGAGCAUGCCAGGAAGCUGAUAGAGAAGUAUAUUCAUCAACCAUUUUUUGACGCGCCUUAUGCAAAUUCUACCCCACGAAUGGAUAAAGAGGAUCUGGAAAAGGGGAAGAAAUGGUUGCAGGAUAACUUUUUCCUGAUCAGACAUGAGGAUGAAGAGCUUCCCUCCGUGGACUGGGUGUUGAAUCUUGCGAAGGCCGCUGUGAUGAGACAUGGAAUUCGUGGGCUUGUUAUUGACCCUUACAACGAGCUUGAUCAUCAGCGACCUGGGAAUCAAACCGAGACGGAGUAUGUCAGUCAAAUGCUUACAAAAAUCAAGCGGUUCGCCCAGCACCAUGAUUGUCAUGUCUGGUUCGUUGCACAUCCGAGGCAAUUGCAAGUAUGGAGAGGUGAAGCACCUGGUCUGUAUGAUAUUAGUGGCAGCGCCCAUUUCAUCAACAAGUGUGAUAAUGGUAUUGUCAUUCACCGCAACCGUGAUGAAACCGCGGGACCUCUUGACCAAGUAAAAGUGCUUGUGAGGAAAGUUCGCAAUAAGGCGGCUGGCACUAUUGGUGAAGCAACUUUGCGAUACAACAGGGUAACUGGAGAUUAUGAAGAUGUGAGAGAUUAAUAGGAUUAGCAACUCCAUUUUAACCCAAAAUUGCGGUGCUCAAAUGUAGCUGAGAAAAAUUACCUUAGUCACACUUAUUUUUAGCCGUCCAGACUGCGAAAUGGCUUCUGGGAUGACCCAUCUGUAUUAUCUGAAACUUCAGUAUUUUCAACAGGAACUGAGUAGUUAAAGCUU